GUGUCCAGUGUGGUGCUGCAUGCAGUGAGCUAGCACAGAUCGUGCGGGUCUGACGGUGCGCUGGCAUUGGUACCUGCCUCCUUGGUAAGAUUGAGUUGAAAUCCCCUGGCACAUUUCUAGUUCCACCAUUGGAGAAGAAUCCAUUAAAAGAGCCAGUAAAUCUUGUGGAAAAUGGCCUUCAGCGAUCUCACAUCAAGGACUGUGCGUCUUUACGAUAAUUGGCUCAAAGAUGCUGAUCCAAGAGUUGAAGAUUGGCUCCUCAUGUCCUCGCCUUUGCCACAAACCAUCAUCCUGGGACUUUAUGUCUAUUUUGUCACGUCUCUGGGACCAAAGCUCAUGGAGAAUCGAAAGCCCUUUGAACUCAAGAAAAUGAUGAUAACAUACAAUUUUUUCUUAGUGCUCUUUUCUGUGUAUAUGUGUUAUGAGUUUGUGAUGUCUGGCUGGGGUACAGGUUACUCACUUCGAUGUGAAAUUGUUGACUAUUCGCAGUCACCCACAGCUUUGAGGAUGGCACGCACCUGCUGGCUUUAUUACUUCUCCAAGUUUAUUGAGCUAUUAGAUACUAUCUUUUUUGUUCUGCGUAAGAAAAAUAGCCAAGUGACUUUCCUUCAUGUCUUCCAUCAUACCAUUAUGCCAUGGACCUGGUGGUUCGGAGUAAAGUUUGCCGCAGGUGGUUUGGGAACAUUCCAUGCCUUUGUAAACACAGUUGUACAUGUGGUCAUGUAUUUCUACUAUGGACUGAGUGCACUGGGACCAGCCUACCAGAAGUAUGUGUGGUGGAAAAAAUACUUGACAUCAUUACAGCUUGUCCAGUUUGUCAUUGUCACCAUCCAUAUAGGCCAGUUCUUUUUCAUGGAGGAUUGCAAGUACCAGUUUCCGGUGUUUCUGUAUGUCAUUAUGAGUUACGGGUGCAUCUUUCUGCUGCUCUUUCUUCAUUUUUGGUACCGUGCUUACACCAAGGGUCAGAGGCUGCCUAAAACUGUGAAAAACGGAAGUUACAAAAACAAACAGCACUGAAAUAGCAAGCACACCAGGAGACUAUGACUGAGCCUGAAAUCUUGACUUCCGUGACAAUCAAGAGAUAUUUACCUAUGCAGUGCAUUUUGUAUCUUUUUCAAAACCAAGAGCUUGUAUUUUUAUGAUAAGUUAUUGGGAUUUCUGAUAUAUGAGAGCUCAAAGCUCCCAAACCGUCUUCUGAUAACUAGAGCCUAAAGCAACUGGGAGUUUUUCAGCAACUUUUAAGCCUAAUCUAAAGGUUUUGUUUAAUACAAUUUGUCAAAAUGAAAGGAGGACGUGAAGUGAUAUAGUAGUUGUCAAAGAAGUCCAGAAUAGAUGAAAAAUAUCGUUUGAUAUUUGGAACACGGGCAGAGACCCAUGCGAUAUGGUAGCUUCCUUCUGCCAGGGCUAGAAACCUCAGGCUGUGGGCUCUGGCUUUGUCCCUCCUUGAUUAUAUUUACUCGGGAGUCCAGCCCCCGUUCCAAAGAGCUAACACAGGUAACCAUUAAGUGAAGUUUUGAUAAGUUAUCAUUUAAAAAUCACUAAUGAUAACGUGUAAUGGAUCUUUUGAGACUGUGCCACCAGUUUUGCUGAUAAGACUCCCUCACCACCCUGUUGCUGUAUGGACUGUUUCAAAAUAACAAUGCUUUUGGUUAGUACACUGAUGCACUUGACACUAAGGUGAAGUUCAUACUGUUCUGGAAACAAGGUGAUUUGUUUUGCUGGGUUAAUGAAUACUUUGCUAUUACUAUUUUACAUUUAACUCUGGAUAUCUCUGGAAAGAGGUGUGUUCAUCAAUGAAAAAACUGUAAUUCAGUGGGGGAAAUCUGCUGUGUCUUAGGAUACCACUUUCUCAUGUUGUCAUGGUUUAAAGGAUUAUCUUGGCUAAAUAUAUAAGUUAGAUACGUCAAUGCUCAUAUCAUUGGCAUGCUGCAGGUACCCGUAAACCAUAAAUCAUUUAGCCUGUUCAUUAUACACAGUUUCCAGAUGGGGUUAGGGUGGCUGGUGAAGCAGCUGGCAGCAAACUGUGGCACAGAGUGCUGAAGGGGAGAUUGGUGUUAUAAAUGAGGGCUUUCUCCUUUGACACAGAGAGAGCCAGAUAAGCCACAUAAUAAUUGGAUUAAAUAUAGCUAGUGUUGUAGAUAAAUAUGCAUGGAAAAAUAUUUUUCAGAUUUCUGAAUUAACAGCCUGGGUUUCUUUUUUUCAAACAUAUAAAUCAUACAGAGAAGGGCUGAAAUUCAUUUGACAUAGGUUUAGUUUCUUUAAAAAUUACUCCUUUCGAAAAUCCCCUUGUUCUUAUGUUUUCUUAUUGGAGAACCACAACUAUUGGUCAAUAGAGUUUUGUCUGAGAAAUAAAAUGAUUUGGAUAUGUGUGGAGUUUUUUGUUUUUGCUUGUUCUUCCUUGUUCUAUUUGUGCUCAGUUUCGAAGGACUGUUUGUGUUUGUAGGACUGUGAACAAGGAGUCCUCACAGCCCCGGUUACUGUGUGGCACUCCGUGUUGCUUCCACAACUAUGCCUGAGCCGUCACUGACUGUGAACCCCAGGGUCCAGGUCUCCCUCUAGUCCACUGCUGUACCCACGGCCUUACCAGGUCCGUAAGGUAAUUUGCCAUGAAGUGACCUUUAGCGAUUGUAUUUCUUACAGUAUGAGAAGAUGAGGGUUGAUAAAUGGGAAGAAUUUCCUACAUUUUAAAAAAAAGGAUAAAGAGAAAGCGAAGAGCUAAAUGGAGCAGCUGCUGUAAUUAAUCUCACUGUGAAGGUCUCAGGGUUCCUUGGGUGUGUACUUGUUCGGGCUUUUCACAUCCAACCUGUGCUAAAACGAGGAGGUGUGUCAGAUGCUGUGAAACACCAAUAUUUUCCAGAGAUUCAAAUAGGUUAAAGACCAAACGAAAGCAGAACUAAAAGAAGAAAAACAAGGAACAUUUGGCUUAUUUUCUUACACACUUUCCAACCUCCCCUAAUCUCCUAGUAGUCUUUAAAAUGUUUGACUUACUGUGAACCAACAGCAGCAGUAAUGAAACGACAUUCUCAAGUCUAUGGAUCGAAAUGGAGAGUAGAAUAUCCCAUGAGGAGCCAUCGCAGUUGGCAGACGUACCCUCCACGUAAAUAUCAGAAGGCCAACGUGAAUGUCAUUGAACAUAGAAUUUCUACGGGAAAUGUUUUGUUCAAGGGGUUCUAUGUGUUCACGGGGAGUUUCUGUUGGGUUUCUUCCCACUUUUCGGGACUGCAUUGCCUUUGGGUUUACUUACCUAACAAGCCCAACUUUCAAUUGUAAAAUCAAGUCUAUUGCCGAAGACUCUGUGAAUCCUUGAGAACCUGUAUCUGUACUGUAAAUAAAUACAAAUUUUUAAAUAGCUGUGGAGCAUUGCCACUGUACAGUCUUAUACUUAAGUAGACUUCUUGAUUGAGUAUAUUGUAUUGUUAUAUAAAUUAUAAAAUUAUGAAGUUAUGUGCCCUCAAUUAACCCUUACUUCUGUUAACUUUUUGAAGACAUGGGAAACUAUGUAUGUUGUCAAAGUUUGAGUUUGUUUUUCUC